AGCGAGCGAGAUCUUUAGAGAGAUUUUUUUUUUUUUUUUUUGCCUCCUACUUCUGUCUUGAAGCCAGACAAUCGACUUGCAGCUCUCCCUCCCCUCCCUCUCUCCACGUUCUGCUCCCACUCUCUUUCCCCUGUCCCCUUGCCCUCCCCUCUGGACGGAAAGCCCCCCGAAACCAACAAAGCUGAGCCGAGGGAAACAAACAAAACAAAUACACCGGGCCAGACAAGCAAUCGACAAAACUUUGCAAAAGCAAAAACAAAAAAACAAAAAAGGAAAAACUAACCAACCUCAAAUCAACUAGCCCUGAGCCACCCGGGGCGCCCUCCCGCGCCCUCUCGCACCCUCGCACACACAAAAGGCGGCGCGCCGGAGCCCGAGACCCGGGAGCCGCCGCUACCCCGCCGCCGCCCGCAGCCAGGGGAGCAGAAGUCCGGACGCGGCCCCCAUAGAUAUGGCAAUGGUAGUCAGCACGUGGCGCGACCCCCAGGACGAGGUGCCCGGCUCUCAGGGCAGCCAGGCCUCGCAGGCGCCGCCCGUGCCGGGCCCGCCGCCUGGCGCCCCGCACACGCCACAGACGCCGGGCCAAGGGGGCCCGGCCAGCACGCCGGCCCAGACAGCGGCUGGCGGCCAGGGCGGCCCUGGCGGCCCGGGCAGCGACAAGCAGCAGCAGCAGCAGCACAUCGAGUGCGUGGUGUGCGGGGACAAGUCGAGCGGCAAGCACUACGGCCAGUUCACGUGUGAGGGCUGCAAGAGCUUCUUCAAGCGCAGCGUGCGGAGGAACCUGAGCUACACGUGCCGCGCCAACCGGAACUGUCCCAUCGACCAGCACCACCGCAACCAGUGCCAGUACUGCCGCCUCAAAAAGUGCCUCAAAGUGGGCAUGAGACGGGAAGCUGUACAGAGGGGCAGGAUGCCUCCUACCCAGCCUACCCACGGGCAGUUUGCGCUGACCAACGGGGACCCCCUCAACUGCCACUCGUACCUGUCCGGAUAUAUUUCCCUGCUGCUGCGCGCAGAGCCCUACCCCACGUCGCGCUUCGGCAGUCAGUGCAUGCAGCCUAACAACAUCAUGGGCAUCGAGAACAUUUGCGAACUGGCCGCACGGAUGCUCUUCAGCGCCGUUGAGUGGGCCCGGAACAUCCCCUUCUUCCCUGACCUGCAGAUCACGGACCAGGUGGCCCUCCUUCGCCUCACCUGGAGCGAGCUGUUCGUGUUGAAUGCGGCCCAGUGCUCCAUGCCCCUCCAUGUCGCCCCGCUCCUUGCCGCUGCUGGCCUGCACGCUUCACCCAUGUCAGCCGACCGGGUGGUCGCUUUUAUGGACCACAUACGGAUCUUCCAAGAGCAAGUGGAGAAGCUCAAGGCACUGCACGUCGACUCCGCCGAGUAUAGCUGCCUCAAGGCCAUAGUCCUGUUCACCUCAGAUGCCUGUGGUCUGUCUGAUGUAGCCCACGUGGAAAGCUUGCAGGAAAAGUCCCAGUGUGCUUUGGAAGAGUACGUUAGGAGCCAGUACCCCAACCAGCCAACACGGUUCGGAAAGCUCUUGCUUCGUCUCCCUUCCCUCCGCACGGUCUCCUCCUCAGUCAUAGAGCAAUUGUUUUUCGUCCGUUUGGUAGGUAAAACCCCCAUCGAAACCCUCAUCCGGGAUAUGUUACUGUCCGGCAGCAGUUUUAACUGGCCAUAUAUGGCAAUUCAAUAAAUAAAUAAAUCAAAAUAAGGGGGAGUGAAACAGAGAAAGAAAGGCAAAAGACUGGUUUUGUUUGCUUAAUUUCCUUCUGUUAAGAAAAGAUGUUACAAGUUUGCUAAAAAGAAGAGAGGGGAAGAAUUUAAUGGACUGUGAAUUUCAAAAAGGAGAGAGAGAAAGAGAGAGACUGCCAAAUGAACUUUUACAGAAUGCAUUAAAAAAGGAAAACAACUCCCGUGUUGGGUAGAACAACUUGCUACUUAUCAUUUUUGUAUAAAAAGGAAAUUAGUCUUUUUUUUUUUUGGUAAAUUUUUGAAAAAUAUUGCUAAAAGUGCAUUUAAGGAGAUUGGGAGAAAAUUAGCAGAAUGGACAAAGUAAGUCAUUUUUUUUCCAAAUUAUUAAUUGUCCUGUGUCUAUGUACCUCUAGCUGUUCUUUUUUUUUUUUUUUUUUAACUUUUCUGGUUCCAAACCAGUUUAUUCUGUGGUUCUAUAAUAAGUUUUGAUAUAAUCUUGGCUUCUUAAAAACUGUGUAUCAUUAAAAUAUAUGUUCUGCAAGAAUUAAAACUGAGUCCAUGAAAAUAGCAUAGGAAGACAUAAAACUUUAAAAGGCAACUCAGAAAUGGUGGAAAUGCACUUACAAGUGGUGGCCAAAUUUUUUUUAAGGUAAAGUUGAGCACUCUAAUUAGCAAGCUGGAGGAGUCACAUCAACACUUAGCUUCCCCACCCCCACCCAUACCACGACAAACCUAGCUUUUUAAAAAAUAUUUUAAGAAAAAGAAGGAACUGUGGAAUUUAUUGGCAGCCAAGGAAUGUGUCCAAGACACAAGCUGAGGUUUUGAAUAAAAAGUGAACUUUUGUAAUUUGAAUUGGGUCCCCCCCUUAGUUCUUGAAUUGUUAUGAAUCCUAUAUCUGUUUGUAUAUUUGCAAGCCCUUUGUAUUAUAAUUGUUGAUAUUUCCCCUUUUUAAAAAAUACCAUUGAAAUCAGCAUGACAAAAUAACACUGUUGGCACUUAUAGGUAACGUGAUUGAUUCAGUAUCUUAGAGUUUACAGUUUGUGUUUUUAAAAAACUGAAGGUUUUUUUUUAAGUGCAACAUUUCUGUAUACUGUAAAAGUUAUAAUAACUGAACUGUUUGGUCGAGUCUUUGUGUGUUAUAUUCCAAGGAAAUUGAAAGUAUUCAGAAAUUAAAAUAUUAUUUGAUAUCUGAAA